AAUCUUAAUCACGUAGGUACUACGCAAUAGAGAAGUACAAUGUUAUUAAUAAUUAUUUAUUAAUUAUUAUCGACUACCUAUGCAAUAAUUACUCAUUAGACACUUUUUGGUAACUUAAAAUGAAUGUCUGAUAACUGAAUUACUCUGAUCAUUGAUUAAACGUAUUAUUGAGUACAGUCAUCUAUUAAGUACCUACCUAACUUACAAUUUUUUUUACGGACAACGUUUGUGCUCGUCCCAUACUACCGAACAAUUCCGUUUUUUAUACAUUUUAGCGAUUCGUUUGACAAAAUACGUAAAAGUUGAAAUGUCAAAUAUUUUGAGUAUUAGAAAAUGAAGAAAUAAAAUUAAUAAUGGACUUAGAAAUUGAAAAAUAUGCGAAGAAGCAAAUCCAACUCCAAGAACAAAUCAAGGAGUUGUUUGCUGAGAAAAAAAUGUUACAAGACCAAAUCUGUGUGCUUCAUGAAUGUUUAUCAUUAGAAAAAGUGAAUCGGAAAAUUUCUGAUUUGGAGAAUAAACAAAAAAUAUUAACGUCGUUAGAAAGUAUGGUUAAUAAUUUAAGAAUUGACAUUAAGCCAUUAGAUUAUUUAAAACAAGUUUUACAAAGGCAACUUAUGGUUUCAACUAUACCUAAUAAUGAUUUAAAUAAUGAAGAGCGAAAGUAUUCAAAGUAUUCAGAGAGUUCAUUAUUAACACCGAGUAGCAUAUGUGCCAUUGAAACAUUGGACUCUUUGAGUGAUGUUAGCUCAGAAGAAAGUAUCAUGAUUUUAUCAGAUUAUGAUGUGGUUUCGGAUGAAGAAGUUUCAAAUAAUUCAGAAAAACCUGUCGAAAACAAAGUUAUGUAUGAAGAAGCACUACAGAUGGCAUCUAGUGUACAUUUAACAUUAGUUGAUCAUCUAAUUCCAAAUAUUGGUUCAAUUGAACCUAUAAUAAAUAAUAGUGAUCAAGUAAGAGAUAAUAAUUUUUGUGUACAAUCUAAUUCCAAAAGCACUAUUUCAUCGAUGAAUACAAGUAGUAAAAGUGAACAACUCUUAGACUUAUAUGAUGUUGUAAACGAAUUAGACCUUCUUAACUGCAAUGGAAAUAAUGGAAAUGAAAACAUUGAAAUUAAAUGUGACAAAAAGAAAGCCGAACCAACACUUUAUAAAGUACACCAGCCAUGUUUAAAUGAUAAAGAAUUUGAUGAAAUUGGAAUAAAAAAAUUAGAUAAUAAGGAAUGUAAUAAUGUGUCAAAAUUGAUUAAUGAUUCAUGGGUGAAGAUCAGUUCCAAUGAAAUUUCAGAAGAACAAAAUGUUGAUGUUUUUCAAUCAAUUACUGUCUCACGAAAAGACAACACAGUGUCAAAAAUAAACACAUAUGUAGAUAAUUUUGAUCAAAAUAUUAAUGAAAUUAAGAGUUUGGACAAUAGCUGUAACAAUGUUGAUCCUAACUAUGAAAAUGAAAUUCAUAAGCCAAGCUGUACAAUCAAUGAUGAUGUUUGUGGUAACUUGUUAUCUUUCACUGAAGUCAACAGAACAAAAGAAAAUUUAAAUUUAAAAUUUCAAGUACAGAAUAAUGAUUUAUGUAUUCACCAGUUUGAAUCAAAAGAUAUUGUUGAAAUUAAAAAUCUUGAAAAUGUUUGCAAUGAUAAUGAUCAUAGUUAUGAAAAUGAAACUCAUAAUCAAGUUUUUCCAAACAACGUUCAACAAUGUGAAGUAGAAAUUAUUUCAUCAUUAUCAUCAAGUCCUGAAGAUUCUAAUGCAUCAAACAAAUUAAUUGAGUCAAAAGUAAACACAGAUGUAGAAUGUCAAGCUUAUAAUGGUCAACUAUAUAACCACCAGCUUGAAUCAAACAUUAAGAGUAUUAAGAAUAUUUGCAAUUCUGUUAUUCAUUAUAAUGAAAAUGAAAUUCAUAAUCCAGUUUUUCCAAAUAAUAAAGUUAAAACUACAUCUUCUUUGUUCAACACUGAACAAUUUAAUAAUUCAUUUACCAGUAUUAAUGAUAAACUGUCUUCUAUUAAUAAUAACGAAAAGCCUAUGCGGUUAUAUCAUACUAUAAAACUGAAGGAUGAACUAUUAAAUGGUAUUCAUCGGCAUGGCAUUCAAGAUCUAAUGUCAUUGCAACGGCAAUGCAUGUUCCAUUAUAUUAAUGGGCGUGAUGUAAUUUUUCACUCAUACCCUUGUGUUGGGAAAUCAACCGUGUGCGUCAUUUCAGUGUUGCAAAGGAUUAACACUAGCUUAAAUGAAUGUCAAGCUAUUAUAUUAGUUCCAACAUUAGAAUUGGCAUUGUCUGCUCAAAAGACAAUGAAAUCAAUUGGGAAAUUUUUAAAUGUUUCUACAUGUAUUGGUGGUACCAAUGUUCCUCGUAAACUUUCGCCGGUUCCUCAUGUAGUGAUCAGUACCUUGCAAGGUUUAUGUGAAAUGAUCAGUUGCAACUCGCUGUGUAAAGAUUUUAUAAAAAUGCUUAUAAUUGAUGAUGCAGAAGAAAUGUUGAAAUGCAAUGGAUUUUUUAAUAAAAUUAGAUAUAUUUUGUUAUUUCUUAACAAUAACCGUCAACUAAUUAUUAUGUCCACUUCAAAAAUAGAGGAAAUCUUAGAUCAGUUUUCUGACUUAAUGAAGAAUCCUGAGUAUAUUUUAGUACCAAAUGAAAAACCUUCAUUGAAUGAUAUAUUACAGUAUUGUGUCUAUGUACCUGAAGAAUGGAAAUUUGAUGCAUUCCAUAAACUCUAUGAAUCACUCAAUUUAAUACAUACUGUUGUUUACUGCAACACAUGGAGCAAGUCUCUAGAAAUUGCAGAAAACAUGCGUCUUAAGACAUGUUUAGUCUCAGCUAUACAUAACGAAAUGGAUACCCAUCAACGGAAACUCAUAUUACAUCACUUUCAAUCUGGUACUAACCGAGUGUUAGUUACUGCUGAACUACAGAGAGGCGAGGAUUUUUCAGAUGUAGCUUGGGUUAUAAAUUAUGAUCUUCCUAAAAGUCCAAAAGACUAUAUACGUAAAAUUGUCGGUUGUUUUGGCCGCAAAGUGAAAGUAAUUAAUUUUAUCACCACUAAUGACAAAACAGCCCAAAAGGAUAUUGAGACUGCAUUUAAUGUAAGAAUGCUUAAUUUACCUCAAGAUCUUACUAAUUUAUGUGAAUCUAAUUUGUAAUCUAUUAAUAAAUCAAUGAUCAAAUAUUUAAUUAAUGUUAAAUAUGAAUAACUAUUAUUAAUAUUUUGGAAUUAUUUUUAAUUUUUAGUUAUUUUGUUAUUAUGUAUAAUUGGUGCAUAUUUACCAUAUUUUAUGGUUAUUUAAAUGUUGUCAAUGCAUGGCCAGAAAAAAUUGAGAUAUAUAUUAUGUAUACUGUGCAUUGUAAUAUUAUAUUUUUCCAAUUAUAUUUUUUUAUAAAAUUUAUGGGUCACUAAAUUUGUAAAUAUUUAUUUUUGUGUUCUUUGUUUUUUUAUUUAACACUCUAAAUCAUUUGUUACUAACAUUCCAAACUGAAGAUGUUUUAAAAUGUAAAAAUGAAUUUAAAAAUGAAUCAUUAUGAUUUAUGAGAUAAGAUUUAAUAUGGAUUUUUUUGUGUAGCAUAAAUGUUAAAAUUAUAUUUGAACCAAUGUUUACUUCAAUCAAAUGAUGUAGUUUGUUACAUUCCACUUAAAAAGUUAACCAAAAUAAUAUUUAUCGAGGUAUUAACAUAUUAAUUAUUAUAAUUAAUAAUUAUUUGUGAAUGUAAUCAUCUCAUAAAGUUACUAUUAAGUAAAUGAUAUAUCGCAAUAUAUUUUUUUUAUUAUUGAAUAA